AUGUCCAUUUUCACUUUGCAUCCGAAUAAUUUAAUAAAAAAAUAUUACGGACAGAGGCCCAAUGGAGUCAGUGAAAUAAGUUUUCACGAUACAUUCGACAAUUGGCUUAAUCAGCAAUUGGAGAAGGUUCAAUUCGCCGAUUCUGAAGCGUCCAAUUCAAUAGAUAUAUUCACCUUUAAAUAUUUGAUUGAGGAAACUUUGCGAAAAAUCGGUUUCUUCAUUGCUGAGAACGGUGUACUCGUUGAUUCAAAUGGCAUUGAAUUGGACACUGCCAAUUUAGUUCUCCGUCCGAUUUUAAUAGGAAACUCUGUACAAUACCAAAAGUUGUUGAAGGGCAAGGUCGGAACAUUCAAAUUGCCAACGGAUUUGCCUUAUUUAGAAGCAGUACUGAUCACGUCGAUCAAACCACAGAAGAUACUGGGAAUAAUACCACUUGGUAAGACGUAUUUGCCUAAGCGCUAUCGGACUCCGCUCUCGCUGUACAUCGGAGAUGCAGCACAAGGCGGAUGCAACCGUUGUGACGUGAAGAAGUUAUUUCUCACUAAUAGAACACCCCCUGGGAACAGUCCUGAGCUUGCUGGGCGCUUUUUGAGCUGGAACAGGCCGAAAGGUUUGAAAGCGUCAAGGAGUAAACUAACUUUACCAAAAACGCAACGCUAUGGCGUUCACCGUAUCGUAUCUCGUCCUUUUCAAAUUUCAAGGACACCAAAUCAAGGCACAAAGUCAAGCCGCAGGGUGUUCCCAUUCGAUCAGAUCAAUACAAUCAUAGACAGAGUCUACAAGGUGCCACUGAUCCAGGACGAAGUGCGAGUCAUAAACACACCGCAAACAUAUGUGUUAGAUUACAACCCGAGGCCUUUAUUGACAGCGCAAACUAUCCCCACUGUUCCUAUACUUAAAUUACCCGUCGGUUUCAAAAAGGCGACUCCAGGUUUUCGGAUUAUCGGCGGAAAUGCAGCGACCAGCAGUGGAACUCCAGUAAGCAGCAGAGGCCGCUCUGGUAUCGACCCUGAAGAUUUAACAAACAUUGAUGUCGAA